CCCUGACAGAAAGGAGGAUAACGGGUGCUCGUCCCCUGUACGUAAUCAUUACGCAGAGAAAGCACCCGCGAGACAGAGCAGACCGAGGCUUCUGCCACGGUGAUCAGUGCCUGGACUCUCGGGACUCUGUAUCCGAGUGUUAUCAGAAGGAUACAAACCUUCGGCUUCAGAGGAGGCUGCAGGAAGGAAGACAAAGAUGCAAAACAGUUGGAGGAAGUCCACUUUCUGCAGCCCGUCGUAAGUAUCGAUGGAUACUUUUGAUGGUCUUCUGUGAAAGCUCACUUACGGCGGCAAUUUUCGCCCGCUGAUGGCUACCAGCAGCAAUUUUCGUCCAGAAUUCUUGACAGAGGAGCGCUGGAAACUAGCUCCAGCGGGAUUGUCGACCUUCCAUGGAGUCACCGGGAGGCACAGAGAGAUAGAGCAACGAGAAGAAUCUGUAAAUUCAUGUGACGAGUUUGGAAGUCGGAACGCGGGCAAAGGCUUCUGACUGCUGCGGAAUGGCGAAGAAAAUAGUGUAACCACUUUCUUUAUUGUUUUCGGGAUGUCAAGAGCUGUGCGCUGAAAGACACGAAAGUUGUGUUCGCCAUGGAGACUAUUUUGAAAGAAUUUUUUGGCUACUCAACUUUUCGGCCGUUUCAAAAGGAGAUCAUUACUCAAAUUCUGAAGGGAAAGGACUGCUUGGUGGUGAUGGCCACGGGUAGCGGUAAAUCUAUGUGCUAUCAGAUGCCGCCUUUAAUAACCAAGAAAACGGCAGUGGUCAUCAGCCCGUUGAUCAGUCUCAUGCAAGACCAGGUAAUGGGCCUUAAACAGCGUGGAAUUCGAGCUGAGUUUAUAGGUUCUGCCCAGACAGAUCUGUCCGUCUGCAGUAGAGCCGAAAGUGGAGAGUUUGAUGUUCUGUACAUGACCCCGGAGAAGGCCUGUACUUCCUCGUCCAGCUUUUGGUCAUCUCUUCUUCACAAGGGUGUUUCACUACUCGCAGUGGAUGAAGCGCAUUGUGUCUCGGAGUGGGGCCAUGACUUCAGGCCAGAAUAUCAAAAACUCGACACGUUGAGGCACCACCUUCCAAAGGUUCCUUUUGUAGCCUUAACCGCAACAGCCACUCACAAAGUUCGCGAGGACAUCUUAUCUUCUCUCACGCUGCAAGAUGUAUUCACAACUGUUUCGUCCUUUGACCGUCCUAAUAUUUACUACGGAGUCAAAACACUCAACCGAACGUCAGCUUUUCGGGAAGAGCUUGCUCAGGAAGUUCUGAAAGAUGUCACAGAAGGUGGUUCUACGCUAAUUUAUUGUACCACAGUGAAAGAUGUGGAGGAGGUCACGAAAACACUUGUGAAAGUUGGGGUGGAUGCUCGCCCCUAUCAUGCACAGUUGAGCUCUAAGCUGCGUACAGAGACUCACAGGGCCUUUUUGAGAGACGAGUUGCAGGUAGUGGUGGCAACCGUGGCUUUUGGUAUGGGCAUAGAUAAGCCUGAUAUUCGGCGUGUAAUACAUUAUGGUUGUCCGAAGAGUCUUGAGUCCUACUAUCAAGAAAGUGGGCGUUGUGGGAGAGACGGCUUACCUGCUACUAGCUGGCUGUACUUUGCGCGGCAAGACUUUGCGAAGGGAAACUUCUAUGCAGCCGGAGCCAUGAGCUUCGAACGCAAGCAAGCUAUUUUGGAUGCUCUUUCAUCAGCUCAGAAGUACUGCGUAUCCCCAGAAUGUCGUCGUGCAACUCUUCUCCAAUAUUUUGGCGAAAGUAUUGGAGGAGUAGCCUCCGGGAAUUGGAACUGCGGAAAUUGUGACAAUUGCCAAAGACGAGGUGGUUUACAACUACUUAAUAUGGCGGAACCGGCCCACUUGCUUCUUACAGCUGUGAAGUUAUGUGGAGGAAAGUGGGGUCUAAACAUGCCUGUUGAUGUCCUACGAGGUUCAAAUGCAAAAAAGAUAGUCGAGAAUGGCUUCGACAAGUGUCCAGUACAUGGUGUAGGGCGCAGCAGAUCAUCACUUUGGUGGAAAGCUUUCGCAGAUCAGCUUCUUGCUGAAGGCUACCUGAAGGAACAGCGAAAGACUUAUAUGAACAAUUCAUUCAGACUCGUCAGUGUGGCCGAAAGGGGUGAGAGUUUCCUUUCUUCAUCACUAUCAGGCGAAGCAUCUCUUAUGCUGCCACUUAGUCAAGAGAUGGUCGAUGAGGAGCAGAAACAAAGUGGUCUUGGCCCUGAACUGCCUUCGGACAAGGGACACGCUUCGAUAUCGAAGCACCUACAAUCAUUAGGAUUCAUCGAGGCUGAAAUAAAGCUCUACAACCAUCUGCUAGAAGCUCGCUUAAAUUUGGCAAAAAAGAGUUCUGCAGCUCCGUAUGCAAUCUGCAGCGAAACAGUUAUUCAAAAGAUAGCCAAAGCAAGACCAUCAAAUGAGGCUAGACUUCGAAUGAUUGAUGGUGUCAGUCAGUGGCUUGUGUUGCAACAUGGUUCGGAGAUAAUCUCUACUGUAAAAGAUUUUUCCGCUGAGCUUGAUCUAUCUUUGGAUUUUACUGAGUCCACAAUUCAAAGACCACCUAAAAGCGACCAGCCAAGCUCUGCGAGGAAGACUGACCAGAAAGUUACUCCCGCGAAAGAAGAAGCUUGGAAGAUGUGGCAACAGCAGGGGCUUUCUAUUUCAGUUAUUGCGACAUUGCCAGAUAGGCCCAAGCCGAUCAAAGAGGAGACUGUGAUUGGCUACAUAAUUGAGUGUGCCACACUCGGGUACGAGCUGAAUUGGGAGCGCUUCUGUCAAGAAGUCAAGCUUACAAAAGCUAAAGCAGGCGAGAUACGGAUGGCCAUCGAAGACGUGGGUUCUUUAGAGAGCUUGAAGGCCAUCAAGGAGCACCUUCCCGAAUCUUUUUCUUAUGCAGACAUCAGAACAUAUCUUGCAAUGGAAAGCUGCGGUGUUUCUCUUCCCGAUGAGGUGGGGCCACUGAAAAUGAAUAGCGAUCCGAACACAGCAGCAAGGUCCUCCACCCAAGAGCCGAAUCUACCAGUGCAGCCCUCUGGCACUGAUAGGUCGCCGUUGAUGAAUUCCGAAGACGAGGGUACUCCAGAUGCACUGCUGACAACGCCUGCAUACAUAUCAGGAGGGAGCGACAGAAUUACGAUAUCAAGGAGGAAGGUGCCUGCCUGGGUAGUUCAACCUGAAUCGAAGAAAUCCAAAGUGAAGGAUGCAUGAUUUGAUCCUUCACUGCACGCAGUGUAGAAGUGAGAAAAAAAUUUCAAGAAAAUUCUCACAUACAAUGAAUCUUCUUUUAUGUAGAGGACCAUCGAAAUAGACAGAAAGAGUCUUGAUAGAAGAGGAAAGUUCUCUAGACACUCUCCAGAGCGACGGACGUAUUCCACGACCAUGACCGUACGUGAAGAUCCUUCGUUUUCGGUCGUAUUCGGAAGGUCUAUUGUUGGCUCUUAUGAGGAUAUAAAAUUGACAAAUGUGAUAGUACAGAUGCGUAGACUAGUGUACUUGACUAAUAUCAGUCACGAGAUCCUCAAACUCUCAGUUUUCCGGCCGGUACUAUUGAGAGGAGCGUAGAUACAAUCAAGGUGGAAUCGGUGAGGCAGGUGCCUUUGUACAUUCUCGGACUUGCUUAAAACAGCCAAAUCAGUUUUGACCGAUAAAAUGCCUCUUCUACUUUUGUACCAUGAGACUCAGGAACAACGCA